AUGCCCCCAGGGCCCCCCAAUGGGAGCCACCUUUUCCCCUUCUUCUCGGACUUCAGGGGCCCCAGGCGUGUGCUGCUGAGCAGCCUGGAGACGGUGGUGCUGGCCUCGAUCUUCCUGCUGGCACUAGCGGCCAACCUGGACGGGAUCCACCGUCUGCUGGCCCCAAAGGGGCGGCACAAGGUGGUCCGUCUGAAGGGGGCCUCGGGCUGCCUGGUCCUCAACCUCUUCUGCGCCGACAUCGUCUUCAUCAUGGCCAUCCCCCUCAUCCUGGUGGUGCGCUGGACAGAGAGUUGGCAACUCGGGGAGCCUGCCUGCCACCUUCUCUUCUACCUGAUCAGCCUCGGGGGCAGCGUCACCAUCCUCUCCCUGGCUGCCGUCAGCCUCGAACGCCUCCUCAGCAUUAUUCACCUCCGGCCGUCCAGGCCCUAUAAGUGCCGUGUCCUCGCCGCCCUCCUCUUCCUCAUCUGGGCCUUUGCCGCCCUCGCCACCCUCCCGCUCAGCCUCUUCUUCACCGUCCAGCCCUUGCAACACAAAGGACGGGAGGUGUACAUUUGCACCUUGAUUUGGCCCAGCACUGCAGGAGAAAUCGCUUGGGAUAUAUGUUUUGUCAUCGUGGUCUUCCUCAUACCUGGGCUUAUCAUUGUAAUAAGUUAUUCAAAGAUCUUACAGAUUGCAAAAGCAUCGAGGAGACGUCUGGAUGCUGGCAUGGCCUACUCCGAGAGAAAUCACAUAAGAAUCUCCCAACAAGACUUCAAACUACUACGGACCCUAUUUGUGUUGAUGAUUUCAUUCUUUGUCAUGUGGAGCCCAAUAAUCAUCACCAUUCUCCUCAUUUUAGCACAGGAACUCAAACCAGAUAUGAACAUUGAGCCUUCUUUCUUCUUCUGGAUAAUGGCUUUCACUUUUUCCAAUUCAGUUGUGAAUCCGGUUUUAUAUAAUGUAGCCCAUUUCAAACGUGAGUGGAGGAAAAUAUUUUUCUGUUGCCCAGGAUCUCCUGGGAAGAAAGAGGCUGUGACAGACACAACUCCAGGGAAUCAUAUCAAUGGACAUUGCACCGUGUCUGUUAUUUACAGAUAACUUUGUGUGGUGGUUCUGACAAAGAUAAUCUGACCAGCUU